GCCUCUUGGGCGAUCUCAGGCCCAGGACUUAACCUCUGCUCAAGGUCUGGGAGGAGAGGAGCCGCAGAUGUCUCCCUAAUGCGACUCAGAGCUGGGGUGUAGCGCCCCGGAGAGUCACCCUCUAGGACACAGAGCUGUUGCCUCACCCCUCUCGGGCCUUUGUGCCUACCGUCCAUGGGGCUCGGAGGCCAGUACAUUGGUAGCAGUUGGACUGACCAUUGCUGCUGCAGGAUUUGCAGGCCGUUACGCUUUGCAAGCCAUGAAGCAAAUGGAGCCUCAAGUAAAACAAGUUUUUCAAAGUCUACCAAAACCUGCCUUCAGUGGUGGCUAUUACAGAGGUGGGUUUGAACCCAAAAUGACAAAACGGGAAGCAGCAUUAAUACUAGGUGUAAGCCCUACUGCCAAUAAGGGAAAAAUAAGAGAUGCUCAUCGACGAAUUAUGCUUUUAAAUCACCCAGACAAGGGAGGAUCUCCUUAUAUAGCAGCCAAAAUCAAUGAAGCUAAAGAUUUACUAGAAGGUCAAGCUAAAAAAUGAAGUAAAUGUAUGAUGAAUUUUAAGUUCCUACUCAUUUAUGUAUAUGAGUACCAGCUUUUUAUAAUAAAAUGCCUCAAAGCUACACAUUUUAAAAAUUAGCAUAAGCUAAAUGAAAGCCUUGGUAUAAAUUUGAGGAUUUAAAAUCGGAUUAUAGAAUAAUACUCAAUAAUUAUGGAUAAAUUCAUGCCAUUUGAAGUGUUCGUUACUCAUUUGUCAAAUAAUUUGGUACCUGUGUCAAGACAAAGUGAACAAGUAGUCUCUCCCUGAAGGAAUCCCCAAUCUGAUGGGAGACUGAUAAACUGAUAAUUAAAAUACAAUGUGAAAAUAAUUACAACGUGAUAAAUAUGAUGGAAUUAGCACAGGUUGUUAUAGUAGGGGCUCAUCUCAUUAAGACAAGUGGCUGUUCAAGGUACAGAGGACUCCCCCAGCCACUUAGAACCUUGAACUUAAAAGUGAAUUUAGCCACAGCUUAACCUAAGAAGUUGAUCUAGGUAUGUAUUUAUCACUUUGUCAGUGAUAAAUCUGAAUUGCUUCAGAUUUCAUACAUUAAAAACUGUAACAGUAUGAUAAAGA